GAUAUCGUCGACGUUAUUAUCACCGCCUGUGAUCUACAAUUCUAGUCCUCCUAUUCAGAACUCGAAGCCAAACUCAGAUCAAAGCUUCGUUCCGAAUCAAAUCAAAUCUCCGAUCAGUAUUCGGAGGCUCCGCCGCCAUGAGUUCUCCGGCGAUUUCAGGAGGGACGAGCUUCUUCAGUGGAUUUACUCGGCUGUGCAAAGGCCUUGCUGUAGUACUUGUCGGUGGACACAUUGUCGUUCAGAUCCUCCCCUCUGCUGUGACUUAUCUUGCCCUUAUCCCCGCCAGGACAAUUCCCUUUGCUUGGAACCUCAUAACAGCUGGUUACAUUGAACAAUCAGUACAUGGGGUGAUCAUCAGCACAAUUGGUCUCCUUUUCAUUGGGAAACUGCUUGAACCCAUUUGGGGUUCUAGAGAGUUCUUGAAGUUUAUCUUUUUAGUAAACUUCUUGACUUCUCUUUGUGUUUUCGUUACAGCUAUUUCCUUGUACUACAUAACAAUGCAGGAAAAUUACCUUUACAUGCGUCUUUCCGGCUUCCACGGGGUCCUCUCUGGAUUCUUAGUGGGCAUUAAGCAAAUCAUACCUGAUCAAGAGCUGUCUUUGUUGAGAAUAAAAGCAAAGUGGCUGCCUUCUCUCGCACUAUUGUUGUCCAUUAUUAUAAGCAUCUAUACAGCAGAGUCAACAACAUACCUUCCAACAUUAAUAUUUGGAACAUAUCUGAGCUGGAUUUACCUUAGAUAUCUACAGAAGAAACCAGAAACAAAAUUGAGGGGUGAUCCAAGUGAUGAAUUUGCAUUUUCCACAUUCUUCCCUGAAUUUUUAAGACCAGUUAUUGAUCCCAUUGCUUCAAUAUUUGAUCGGAUGCUGUGUGGAAGAUCUGAAACUUCAAAUGAAACCAGGGGUUAUUCCUUGGGUGGUGCCCCAUUGCCCGGUUCUGACCCUAUCGAGGCUUCUAGGAGGAGAGAAAGGGGCGCUCGAGCACUGGAAGAAAGAUUAGCUGCUGAGAGGUUGGCUGCUAGUGGGAGUGAAGAAGAAUCGAAAAAAGAUGCCACAGAUAAUGUAUAAACUCCUGAAAACCCUACUUUCAAAUCCAAACAUCCCAGAGAAAUGGGUGGUGCAAUAUUUGAUGUUGGAUCGCUUUCUGGAUUCUUAAGGACAGUUUUGUCAUGUGUGUUUGCCUUACAAAAAUAUUCCUGUUUUGUCAAACGGUUACUUGUACAGUGAUUACUUUACCCUUAAGAUAGCGUAGAAACUUGUUCUCUUGGACCAUUUGGCGUGCAUGUUCAUUAUACAUAUAUCUUUUGGAAGCCAAGCUGUUUUCCCAUGUAGAAAAGUACUCUUAGGUGUUGUUUCUUUAUGGCAUUAUUUCUAACACCUAUGGAAGCUUUUUGUGUUUGUAACAUUAGCGUACGAACACUCUGCUUGACGGAGAAUUCUUUUAAAAAUGCAGUAUAAGUGUGCGUGUAGUAUUGUUAUUUUUA